UAUAAUUUAUUUUACAGGAUAUUAGAUUCGUCUACUUUUUAAUACAUAUAUUUAAACAAAACUGUUGUGAUAUUUUAAAAAACUAAAUUUGUGAACUGCAGAUCCACUUUUGGGAUGUGUUUGUAAACUUGCAAAAGACUCAUGAGUAGGAUUAUUUCACAAAGUAGACCAUCAGCUAGUCAACAAAAGUCAUAUGACUAUUUAUUAAAAUUCUUGCUUGUGGGAGAUAGUGAUGUUGGUAAACAAGAAAUAUUGAGUGGUUUGGAAGAUGGAUCUCAAGAAUCACCAUUUUGUGGUUCAUCUGUAUUUAGGGAUACAUCUGGUCAAGGAAGAUUUUCUACAAUUAUUAGAUCAUAUUCACGAGGUGCUCAAGGAAUAAUUUUAGUUUAUGAUAUUACAAACAAAUGGUCAUUUGAUGGAAUUGAUAGGUGGCUUCAAGAAGUUGAAGAACAUGCACCUGGAAUUCCAAAAAUCUUAAUUGGAAAUAGACUCCAUCUUGCAUUUAAGAGACAAGUUGGUGAGACGGUUGCAGAAAUUUAUGCUCGGAAAAACAAUAUGGUAUUUCUAGAAGUCAGUCCACUCUGUAAUUAUAACAUCACAGAAUCAUUUGUCGAAUUGUCACGCAUGGCCUUAUUAAGAAAUGGCAUGGAGAGGGUGUGGAGGAGCAACAGAGUAUUAUCCUUACAUGAGCUGUGUUGUCGAGCAAUAGUAGCCAGGACAACGGUGUACAGUAUAGAACAGCUUCCAUUGCCACUGGCAUUAAAGUCAUGUCUCAAGUCCUAUUCAAUGACUACAUACAAACCAAGACCUCAUAUAAUGAAUACAAGAGAUAAAUCUCUAAAAAAGUCCAAUCCUUUACAUCCUUGUGAUUCAUUAACAUUGCAGUGCCGUAAAAGUUGUACAAUAUCCUAGCAUAAAAAUGCAUGGCCGGGGUCAUCACUUGGAAUGGCAGUCAGAUAAUAUUGUGCAUGAAAUUCACACAAUUUUUACAUAAAUGAAUAAUCUAGCUCUCUUAUUAUAAUUAUUUUGACAAAGGAGCAUAAUUUGAAAGUUGAAAAAAUACGUACUUUUGUGUAUAGUUUUACUUUACAUAAAUGUUAAUUCAUAGUUUUUCAUAUAAUUAGUUUAUAUAUUAAAAAAAAAUUAUGUUAAUUUUUAAUAUGAAAUAUGUUAUUAUUGGUUUAUUACAAUUUAUACAGAAUUUGUACAUGUUACAAAUUACAACAUGUAAAAUGUUUUUAGAUGAAAUAUAGUCAACAUUGUACAUAAGAAAAAAAUUGUCUCGCCAUAUAAAAUAUUUACUUAAAUAUUUUAUUUUGUGAAAAUAAAAUGCAGAGCUUUGCUCUCCUUAGGGCAAAUUCAGAGUAGAAUGCUUUUACAUGUUUUUUAUAUUGUGUACAGAUAAUAAAAAUUAAUCAUUGAAAUAAUUUUAUUUCUCUGAUAAUUGUGUGGUGGUUUAGUUCAUUAUAAUACACCAGGGGUUGGCAAACUAAGGCACGCUGAAUGAAUAGAAAUGUCGUAAAAAUGAUAUUUUAAUUGUUAAUUACAUAUUGAAAUGGAAGCCAUAGUUCAUUGUAGGCCAUAGUAUUAUAAACAAAUCUCUUGCUUGUACAGGUAGCCCUCAGUUUACGCCACAGUUCUGUUCCUACAAAAGCUGGCGCAAAUCGAAUCGGUGUAAAACGAACCCGUACUUACAGUGAGGUAUAGGGUUAGGUUCUA